CCGAUUGUCAGCGGCGCAUGGCACGCACCGUCCGGGCUGCCGUUGCCAACUUCAAUCGCCUGACACCGAAUGUAACAUCCGACGAAAAAUAAACGCAGCGGAUCCGUCUGUCCGCGCACGGAAUCAAAAUAACGUAACAACAAUAAUAGUAAUAGUAAUAAUAAUAAUAUCACGUUCAUUUUUUCCCCGUGCACACUAUCGUUUCCGUUCGUACCGCGUCCCUGCCGCUCGCCGCCGUUUCAUUAUCGCGUCAUCCUGUUAUCCGUCCGUUUUCCGUUACCGCUGUCGGUGUUUCUCGUAUCGUCUUUUGCACUAUUUUUUUUCUUUCCCCCUUUUCCCGUUGCCCUUAAUUUUCCCGGUCGCCAGGCGAAUACCGCUGCUGUGCCCUGUGCCCGCCACGUCCUGGCGUUCGCUUUUCAUCGCGGUCGUUGAUGCUCCUCAGCUCGCCGAUGUGUUGAUGUAUCGUUGGAGAUCGUAGAAUUCGCUAUGGAAUCUCCGAAUUCCGCAGCGCAGCUGAACACCCGGAUAGCACCUCCGAUGAUACCGCCUCCAGCGUACCCGCCACCGUCGUCGCAGAUGGGCUUCCCACCGGGUGCUAUACCGCCUGGUUUCAUGGCUGCUGCGCCGAUGGGCAUCGGACCACCUGGUAUACCGCCACCUUUCAUGCCUCCUUACGGUAUGAACAUGCCAGGAGAAAUUGUUGGGGCUCCAGUAUCUUUUGCCAAGUCCAUUCCUCAACCAUUAACUGAUGAAACUAAACCUCCAAGUGAUUGGACUGAACACAAGGCUCCAGACGGUCGAUCAUAUUAUUAUAAUUCAGUAACCAAACAAAGCUCUUGGGAUAAACCAAAUGAGUUAAAAUCAAAGGCAGAGUUACUAUUAGAACAAAGUCCUUGGAAAGAAUACAAAUCAGAUACUGGUGCUAUAUACUAUCAUAACAUUAAUACUAAAGAAUCAAGUUGGACUGUACCACCUGAAUUAGAAGAGUUAAAAUUAAAGUUAGCCUCUGAACAUGAAAUUCAAGUACCUUUAACACAGCAGGCUAUAGAACUUCCAAUUGAUAGAGGAUCAGAUUCUUUAGAUUCUGGAUCAGCCAUGGAUCAAGCAAUGGCUGCAACUUUAGCAUCAAUAGCUGUACCUGAUGAAAAUAGACCUACUAAUCAUAUAUCUGGUAAAGGGUCCAAAAAUAAAAACCAAAUUCCUGAUGUUCCAAUUUUAAAAAAUAAACAAGAAUUAAUUGAUGCAUUUAAAGAACUUCUAAAAAAAAAGAAUAUUCCUAGUAAUGCUUCAUGGGAUCAAACUGUUAAAAUCAUUAGCCGUGAUCCACUUUACCCUCAAGUAAAAAAGUUGAAUGAAAAAAGACAACUUUUUAAUGCUUAUAAAACACAAAGACAAAAAGAUGAAAAAGAUGAACAUCGUUUGAAAGCUAAAAAAGCAAAAGAAGACCUUGAAAAGUUUUUAAUGAAAAAUGAAGAUGUAACUUCAAAGACUAAAUACUAUAGACUAGAAGAAAAAUAUGAGCAUUUAGAUAUUUGGAGGAAUGUAUCUGAAAUAGAUCGACGUGAUGUAUACGAUGAUGUUAUGUUUAAUUUAGCUAAAAGAGAAAAAGAAGAUUCUAAAUUGCAAAAAAAACGUAACAUGAAACAAUUAGCUGCAGUAUUGGAUUCUAUGACACUAGUUGAUCAUACAACCACUUGGUACCAAGUUCAAGAAAUGCUUCUUAACAAUCAAAAUUUUGUUAAUGAUCCAAAAUUAUUAGGCAUGGAAAAAGAAGAUGCUUUAACUGUAUUUCAAGAUCACAUUCGUGAAUUAGAAAAAGAAGAAGAACAUGAUAAAGAAAGAGAAAGAAGAAGAAGAAAACAACAAGAACGUAAAAACCGUGAUAAUUUUGGUAUGUUCUUGGAAGAACUUCAUCAACAAGGAAAAUUAACUUCUGUGUCUUUAUGGAAAGAACUAUAUCCUAUUAUAAGUACAGAUAUAAGAUUUUCUGCUCUUCUUGGCCAACCUGGUUCUACAGCUUUAGAUCUUUUUAAAUUUUAUGUUGAGGAUUUAAAAUCAAGGUUUCAUGAAGAAAAGAAAAUUAUCAAAGAAAUACUCAAAGAAAAUUCAUUUGAAGUUGAUGUUAAUACUACAUUUGAAGAAUUUGCUCGGGUAAUUUGUUUAGAUAAACGAUCAGAAACUUUAGAUGCUGGAAAUGUGAAAUUGACUUACCAUGGACUUAUUGAAAAAGCCGAGGGAAGAGAGAAAGAAAGAUUACGUGAAGAAAAUAGAAGGCAACGAAAAUUAGAGACUGCAUUCCGUACGUUGCUUAAAGAAAUGGAUGUAGAUUAUAAAUCAAAUUGGGAUGAUGUACGUGGACAAAUUGAGAACCACCAAGCUUUCCAAGCCAUCACUUUAGAAUCUGAAAGACUUCGUAUUUUUAAGGAAUUCCAAGUUGAUACAGAAGAAGUUUGUAAUCAUCAUCAUUCAAAAAUGAAAAAAUCCAAAAAAAAUAAAAAACACAAAAAGAAAUCUCGAUCAAAAUCUUUUGACUCCAGUGAUUCUGAUCAUAAAUAUAGAAAAAAAUCCAAAGAUGAUUCUCCUGAAAUUAUAAGUGACAGUGAGAGUCGAAGAAGAAGGAAUAAAAAGUCAAAAAGGAAGAAGCACUCUGAAAGUCCUCUGAACCGAUCACGUUCAAGGUCAUCAAGUUUAAGAAGACCCGACUUUGAUGAAAUUAAGAGUAAGAAAAAUCUGAAAUCCGCUGAAUUAAGUGAUGAUGAUUUAGAAGCAAAACGUAAAGCUUUGCUAGCUCAGCUACAUGACGAAAUGAACUAAAUUUAAUUAAUUUUGUUGUACAUAAUAACAGAUAAUAUGUUUUCAUACUAUGAUUUAUUUCAUGAAUAAAUAUUAUUGAUUUCAAAUAA